AUGGCGCAAUUCGCACACGGUAUCUCGGCGCUCGACGUGACGCCGUCGGCAGCGCUUAGUGCUCCUGUGUGGCUACUAGGUAAACGCUAUGACGAUGUAGCAGCCGUCGACUUUGAUGCGUACAAGCGCAGCUUCGAGUCCAUCCUGUGGUUCACUUACCGUCGCGACUACCCUGCCAUGACACCGUACGAGCACACGAGUGACGCCGGUUGGGGCUGCAUGUUGCGGUCGGCUCAGAUGCUACUGGGACAGGCACUACAACGCCGUCUUUUGGGGCGAGACUGGCGUCUCCCCGCUCUAUUUGAGACUGAGAUUGACGCUCGACUGCCCGAGACUUACGUCCAGUUGCUGCGGUGGUUUGCAGAUUCGCCCGACGUUGAGUGUCGGUACUCAAUCCACCAAAUGGUGAAGCUAGGCGUGCAGUACGACAAGCUUCCGGGCGAGUGGUACGGCCCCACGACGGCAGCUCAGGUGCUGCGAGACUUGGUGAACUUACACAGACGCGAGUUUGGAGGAGAACUGUCCAUGUAUGUGCCACAGGAAGGAGUGGUGUACAGCGAUGAUGUGGCGAAGCUCUGUUUCUUUGACCCACUGCUACAUCCUCCUACGACCGAGGAUAAGAGUGACUGGAGCACGGCACUGCUCAUCUUGAUCCCGCUGAGACUUGGACUGGAUCAGGUCAAUGAACGCUACGUACCGGCCAUCCAAAAGUCGUUUGCAUUCCCGCAGAGUGUCGGUAUUAUUGGCGGCAAGAAGGGCCACUCAGUCUACUUUGUGGGCACGCAACAGGACCAGCUACAUCUCCUGGACCCACACGACGUCCACCCUGCGCCGGAACUUAAUACUGCCUUCCCCACUGCGACACAUUUGCGCACGGUGCACUCCUCGCGCCCACUCGUGAUGAAUGUGACCACCAUCGAUCCGUCGCUGGCACUGGGAUUUCUAUGUGAAAAUCGUGUCGACUAUGAAGAUUUCGAGCGUCGCGUACGGAUUCUUCAUGAUGAAGUAAAAGAGGAGGGUGGAAUGUGCCCGUUCUCAGUUGCCGCACGCCGCCCAGACUACUCGGCAAGUGAUGGUGACCUGCUCAUGGCCGACUGCCUGUCAGGCGACGAUGAGCUUUCAAGUACAGGUGCAGCUGGUACAGGAGAGGAUGACGACGAUGACUAUGUGCUUCUUUGA